AGGCUGCGCCGGGCAACAGGAAGUUUUGUAUUUACUUUGUAACUCCAGGAAGUAGACGGGAGAAAGUGACUUUUUUUCUCCCUCAUUAUCUUAUCAGAAAAAAAAAAAAAGUUUAAUCAGAGGGAAUCUAACAACAGACACCGCACAGAAAAGCAUCCGGGACGAGAGAAGAGAAGUAGUGGAAGAAUCACACCUGUUUAGACCAGGAACAGAUUAUCAACCAGGCUUUUUAUAUGCGAGGGAGGGUGAAAAGUUUAACAUACACAAACAGGACACUCAACAAGGCAUGCUCUCAACAGCGCACCGCAGGGCUAGCGAGAUGAAAGAAUGCACAAAAGCAGUCCCCAAGGAGAAUCAGAGCUGAGGCAGUCACAUGAUUACAGAUAAGGAGAGGCGUUCCUUGUCCUGAGUUCCAGAGUGAGUUUUGCAUCCUGUUGGCUGAAGACCUUAUAAUCAUGCAAGCUCUGCUGCGGGCAGCUCCUGAACCAGCAUGACCACGUUGACCCAUCGGAGCCGGCGCGUGGAGGCCGCGGGAGGGGGGAAGCAGCAGCAGGAGGAGGAGGGGACGGAGAAGCGGGACAGCCUGGAGGACGAGGGAGAGAAGGGGGACUGCAAGGACCUGCGGCUCACCCUGAUGGAGGAAGUGCUGCUGCUGGGACUCAAAGACAAGGAGGGCUACACCUCGUUCUGGAAUGACUGCAUCUCCUCCGGGCUGCGCGGCUGCAUUCUCAUCGAGCUGGCGCUGCGGGGCCGUGUGCAGCUGGAACCCCAGACCAUGAGGAAGAAGAGACUGCUGGACCGCAAGGUCCUCUUCCGCUCAGACGCCCCCACAGGAGACGUGCUCCUGGAUGAAGCACUGAAGCAUAUCAAAGCGACGGAGCCUGCAGAGAGCGUGCAGAGCUGGAUAGAGCUGCUCACCGGAGAGACGUGGAACCCUCUCAAACUGCACUACCAGAUCCGCAACGUGCGCGAGCGCCUGGCCAAGAACCUGGUGGAGAAAGGCAUCCUGACCACGGAGAAGCAGAACUUCCUACUGUUCGACAUGACCACGCACCCCGUGACCAACACCACAGAGAAGCAGCGUCUGGUCAAGCGCGUCCAGGACGGGCUGCUGGAGCGCUGGGUGAACGACCCCCACCGGCUUGACCGCCGCCUGCUGGCUCUCAUCGUGCUGGCCAACGCGGCCGACGUGCUGGAGAACGCCUUCGCCUCGCUGGCAGACGAGCGCUACGAGACGGCCGUGACCCGCUCCAGGGAGCUGCUGGACUACGACCCCGAGGCAGAAGCCUGCAAGCCGGGCGCCGUGGAGAUGAUCUGGGCCGUCAUGGCUGCUUUCAAUAAAGCCUGAGCAGCUGAGGCUGGGGGCAUGGCACUGUGAGGGUAUGGGACUGUGAGGGUGUGGGUGGGGCUGAGGGUGUGGAACUGUGGGGGUGUGGGCGGGGCUGAGGGUGUGGAACUGUGAGGGUGUGGGCGGGGCUGAGGGUGUGGAACUGUGAGGGUGUGGGCGGGGCUGAGGGUGUGGAACUGUGAGCGUGUGGGCGGGGCUGAGGGUGCGUAACUGUGACGGUGUGGGCGGGGCUUCUGAAGAAGGGCCGCGGUUUGUGGAUAUUCCUUCUAUACCAUCAACGCUAGCGGUUAUUGAAUGUAUACAGAAAUAUAUACAUGCAUCAGUACGUGUGUGUGUAUAUAUAUAAUGUUGUAAGUGGACCCCUAGGAGUUGUGUUUGGGUGUAGAAGUGAGUCUGAGCUGCAGUUGACACUGUGUUAAUAGCAAGGUGCGUGCAGCAGGUUCUGAGAUGCUCUGCUCCACAGUGCAAGUGUAAGAACUGGAAGAGAUUGGGCUCGUCGUCUCAAGGGUUUUUUCUUCUGUAGGUAACAAUGAAGGGUGUAUAAUAUUUGUUUUGAUAUUAUUAUUAUUAUUAUUAUUAUUAUUAUUAUUAUUCCAAAACAUGUAAUGUGUAUGAUUAACAUAGAUAAUUUAAGAUUAUUGUUUUUUUUUUUGAGGCAAAAUUGGCUUUUAGAGCACAUAUAUUUAAAUAAAACUGAAAUUAUAUAUUAGUAUGGGGUUCUGCCAUAUAUUUUGAAUUUAGAACAUUUUGCAGUGCACUUUCUAAGGAGAGAGAGAGAGAGAGAGAGAGAGAGAGAGAGAGAGAGAGAGAGAGAGAGAGAGAGAGAGAGAGAGAGAGAGAGAGAGAGAGAGAGAGAUAUGUGGAUGUCCUGUUGAAAUAUAUUUUAUUGGUCUUCAUGGAAUUGUAAACAUAUUUAGCAGAUUAGUAAAUGUGUCUGAAGAUGUUUCUGGAAAUGUGCUGUCGGUCUGAAACGCACGUCCUUUCAGUCGUGGAUCUCUGACCUUCUCUACCCCGACUGGCAACAAAUAAACCGGAACCCUACUUCUGAAUUGAA